AUGUCUUACACGGAAACUGACUACCAAUACGAAGAUGACAUUCUUCGUCUAGCACGGGACCCGAACCUCAACCGAGAAAAGGGAAAAACGCUGCAGCUCGUUCUGAUCAUACAGGGCUUUCCAUUGACGGAACGGGCAGUGUCUCGGCUCUGUCAACUAUCACUCAGCAUCUUGCAGACACUAGAAAAAAUCGAGCUCACGUUGCGGAACUGGGCGUUCAUGUCUUUGGAUCUCAACUCGUCGAAUCAUUUUGACCACAGCAAUCCGCACGAGAUCAAGACAUUCAACAACAAUGUCAGUGUGCGGGUCAUUGAUUCGUGCCAGGAAUUGACCAUGAAACUCAACAAGAUUUCGGCAGACAUGGACUUCAUCACCAAGUCGCUGCGCACGCUCACGCCGCGGGAAUUUCUCAGUGACAGCGGCACGCUUUUGACGUCACUUUCAUUGCGGAGUAUCAAGCUCAAGGACCAGCUCCGCGAAAAGAUCUCCAUCGCUUAUCUGAAGGCCAAACUUAUCACCAUCGGUAUGGAUUUGGAAUCCAUGUUGCAAGGCGGGACGUCUGACCAAAAAGCCACCGUUGAGUCCUAUAAGCAGUUUGUUGCCAGUCUUCUUGGCCAGUUGAAUGCGGCGGUCGAGGCACAGGACGACGAGCAGAAGAAUGAAUGUAUGGCCGUCAUUAAUGACAUGGAGCAAAUGUUCGAGGUCUUCAAGCUCGAAUACGCGCAAGGCCUCAAUGAAGAGCCCUCUGCUUAUGCAGAGUCAUCCGAGCAACAAGUCCACUCGCCCCUGCUGUUUUCGGCUAGCUCCAAGCACGAGGAAUUCUCUGACCUCGAGGAUCUCACUGACACAGCUUCGACCACCCACUCGAACUCGCAAAUUUACUCUCAACCCAUGGUGCACUCCAUCACUAAACCGCAUACGCCAACAACAGAUGAAGGCUCGGUCGUGGAACAGCAUGCACGCCGAAGCUCAUUUUCGUCGGUCGCCUCGACAAACGUCUUACAAAAGUCUACAAUCUCCGAGGAGCUUCCGUACUUGAUGUCUGCGUUUAGUCUGGCCAAAACACUAGAAGAAGACGUGCAUCAUUUCAAAGACAGUGGUGAGAAGGAAGAGACUGCGCCUACGAAUGCAGCGCAAAUCAAAUCCGACAAACAGACCGCUGAGGCGCAUACUCAGAAACAGUUUUCCUCGACCCGACACCACCUACCAAAGUCGUCUUUAUAUUCCAGCAGCCAGAUUCUCCAGGCGCCGCCUGCAGGGAGCGCCAGCUCGUACCUCUAUUCAAACAACUCGUUGCUUUCGAAACUCGGAAUCAAACCACAGGUAAUCUCUGCCACGCUCCCGAACCCGCAACAAAGCACUUUUGGUAUUGGGAGACACAAUGUGUUUGCGCAGCGAACAAACGCCAUAGAGGCUGCAGCCCAACGCAAGAGCGAUGACCAAGAGGAUAAAGAAAACAAAGUCGAGCUAAUGGUGCCGCUCACGCGAGCCAACCUCAAUACUCAUACCCUAGCAGCAUUUGGCCCGGGGACGGCUGACCAUGUCGAGUAG